AUGGAUGAAAAUAUCCUACCACCGCUGACUCCGUUCGAGCAGUAUGUGGAAACUGAGGGCAAACUCGCCGCGUCGAUUCGUUGGCUCAUCUUACGAGUGUACGAACAAGAAAAGGACAUACCAGACAAACUUCGAAAUGGUGCAUUCCGUGACGAGCGUGGCCACUUGCAACUCGACAUCGCCAUACUUACUGGCUUAACUAAUGGGUCACUGUACUGUCAAGCAGCGGCGAAGAUAUUCAAGGAACCGCAACUUCAAUCACAUGGAGCCGUCCUAGCCGCACUAACUGAUUAUGGAGUCGACGUCCUGCAAUGUGUUGACGGUGGAACGUCUCCGGUUACUGAAGCUGAGCUUUUUGCGUCUGAUCCCUUCAAUACGCCUGCUCAUCUGGCUAUGAUGGACGCAUUAAUGCUGGCGCAUCUUCGUAAUGUGAUUACUGUUGAUCGUGUCAUCGAUGCAGUG